AUGACCAUAAAGAGACAAUCUACAAGGGAUGUACGUGAGUACCUCCAAAUUGUGCUGGAUAGGUUUCCUGAUAAUCGUGAAAUAUAUGAUAAAAUUACCAAGCUCUUGAAGGACUUGAGACUUGCAAGAGUUCGUUCUACCUACAAUGAUGUCAUAUCAAAAGUGAGUCAACUCUUUAAGGAACACAAAGACCUGCUUUUGGGUUUCAAUAAGUUCUUGCCGCUGGGCUAUAAGAUAACACUCCCGAAGGAACAAACUCAACGAAGGAAGCCUGAGUUUCGGGAUGCUGCUGAAUUUAUCAACAAGGUCAAGGAAAGGUUGCAAGACGAGCAUUCAUACAAGUCCUUAUUAGAGAUAUUGCGAAAGUUCAGAGAAAAUAAGAAGAGUCUUACUGAGGUCCAUCAUGAGGUGUUGUAUGCCCUCCGAGACCACCAGGAUUUGUGUCCUGAUUUUGCAGCUUUUCUCCCUGCUCGCUAUAGAUGA